AUGGAGGUGGUGUAUAUGAAGUUCUGGGGGAACCUGGAGAUGCGACCGUCCAGGAUUAGGUGUGCACAUCCGUUUAUGGAUGUAGGUGUGCACAUCCUGGAGUAUGGAUUUAGUGUGUGCACAUCCGGAGUUAUGGAUGAGUGUGGCACAUCCGGAGUUUUUAUGGAGUUAGGGGCAAUCCUGGAAUGGAGAGGGGAAUCGGAUAGGAUAGGUGUGAUGAGGGGGGGGGAGAUCGUAGGCUGUAGUAGAUGUGUGUGA